AUGCGAGAAUUCUGCUUCGGCCGUCCAUGCAACAUCGACCCAUGGCAGGCCAGAGCCUCCAGGGACAGUCAUUGCAAGGCUCAAGUCUCCAGGGCUCAAGUCUCCAGGGCUCAAGUCUCCAGGGCUCAAGUCUCCAGGGCUCGGGCCUUCAAGGAUCGAGUCUUCAAGGAUCGAGUCUUCAAGGAUCGAGUCUUCAAGGAUCGAGUCUUCAAGGCUCAAGCUUGGCUCCACAGCGCGCACCGAUGCAGCAGCCUAGUGGCCCGAUGCAAAAUCAUUCUUUGCAAGGCCAAUCCCUCCAAGGACAAUCCCUUCAAGGACAGCCUGCGACCAGCCAGCCGCCCCUCGGACAGCCCGCGAUGCAAGGUAUACAGCAUUCUGCCCUGCCAGUACAAUCAGUCGCUGGUCGAGGCCUACCACCUCACAGCCUACAGGGUCCACCCGUCUCUACCUUGGGCCACCCUAGCUUGGCUCGCCAGCCAAUGCACAGCCAAGGUGCUGUUCUUAGCCAAGGCUGCCAUGGCCUACCGACAACAGCAACAGCACCAACAACAAAUGGCUCUGCAGCAACAAUACCGGCAACAGCAGCAGCAACAGCAACUACAUCAGCAACAGCAACUGCAACAACAGCAACAGUUGCAGCAAAUGCAAAUGCCGUCCACCAGCAUGAUGCCGUCCACCAGCAUGAUGCCGUCCACUAGCAUGAUGCCGUCCACCAGCAUGAUGCCCGCCACCAGCAUGAUGCCCGCCACCAGCAUGAUGCCCGCCAACGGUGGCAUAAACCCAACCAUGAGUGCCAACCAACGUAAUGCGUCCCUGCGCCGACCUGGUGCACCUUCAAAUCUGGACCUACGAGCCAUCUCCAACCACAGCUCGCCCAACCUCAACCCAGGCGCCUUACCGCCGCAGCAACAGCAACAACAGCAACUCCCGGGCCAGCCGCCGGGCAUGGGCAUGCAGGGCCAACCUCAGCGCUACCUUCCUCAAGGCAGUCAACCAAUGGUUCUGCCGGGAGGUGUGGUCGGCCGUGGUGCGCCAAUGACAAAUCUUGGAUCUCGACCUGGUCAAGCCGCUCCAAAUGGCCUGCAGCUGCCCAAUGGCUCCAUUGCCAGUGAUGCCAGCGGUGGCAUGUCGAGUUUAGCUGGCGGUAACUUGGGCCAUGACCAGCUGGGGGCCCUCAACGCAACGUCUAUGAGUGGUGGUGCCACUGGCAUGGCGCCUGCGCAUUCUGAGACUGAAAGCAAGGCGGCCUUGUCUCGCCGCCGGGCCAUCCAGCAGCAGCUCAUGCUUUUAAUCCAUGCCUACAAAUGCAAGCUACCUGACAAGGAUGAUCGCAAUGUACCGCCCAAUGGACAGGUUUGUUCGGUUCGCUACUGCAAAGUCAUGAAGAAUGUGCUUCGCCACAUGGCCACCUGCCGUGAUGGCAAACAAUGCUCGGUACCUGUAAAGAGGCCGACUGUCCGAUUUGUGAUCCCUUGCGAAAGCCGCCUCACGGAAAGCGACCACCAACGAGCGAGGCGCGAGAUCAAACAGAGCUCAGAAAUCUCCUCACAACAGAGGGGGCACCUCCUGCCAAGCGAGCCAAUCGUGCUGUGCCUGUUCAAAAAGCAGCGGUCAAGGCCGACAAUAAAAUUAGCCCAAGUGCUGCCGCCGCUGCGGCUGCGGCUGCUGCUGUUGCUGCUGCUGCUCGUACAAGCCACUGACAACGAAAGCUAUUAUCAAAAAUUGGCGGAGAAAAUCUACAAGAUCAAGAAAGCAAAGCAGGAUCGCCAGAAGCGACAGGCGACCAGUCGCCAAAUCAAGGAGUGGCCACGCGAUGAACUCAAGCACCACUUUUCGCCUGUUUUGGAGAGGCUCAAGGGCAUGUCUGCGGCUGAGUGCUUUUUGCGCCCUGUCGACCCUAUUGAGCUUAACAUUCCAGACUAUUUUGAAAUUAUCAAGAAGCCCAUGGACUUGUCGACGAUUGAAGAUAAACUGGAGAAAGGCACCUACAAGGACCCGUGGGAGUUUUGCGAUGAUAUGCGUCUCAUGUUCAAAAACGCUUGGACUUACAAUCCCAAGAACCACGUUGUUUACAAGUUCACCAAUGAGGUUUCCAGCGUUUUUGAGGAUACCAUCGAUUUGGUCAUGAAGCGUCUGCGCUUCUGCUGUGGCAAAGAGCUCACAUUCAAUCCUCAAGUACUUUACUGCUCGGUGAAACAAAUCUGUCCGAUUCGUCGCGACGAGGAGUACAUGAAGUACGACGCAAAUCUCAACUCGGCAUUCAACUGCUGUAUGGCCUGUUGGAAGGAGACAGAGGGUGAAAAGUCCACUUUUACCAUCUCAGCUGAGCUGACACCCGAUCAGAAAGAGUACGUGGGCCUGAUCGCCUGCAACGGUUCAAGAAGAGAACGUUUCCAACAUGAUCCUCGUUCUUCGCGGGGCGCCUCACCCUAUGCCGUGCCUUUUGUCGCUACCUUUAGAAUUGAAGUCAGCCGUACGCACUUUACCAAAGCCAUCAACAACCACAUUGAUUACGAAGAGUUUGUCACCUGCGCCGGCUGUGGUCGCCGGCACCAUCAAAUUUGCGUCAUGUAUCAUGCCAGCAUUCACAAGGAGUUCAUUUGCCAAGCCUGCAGCAAGAGCAACUCGGCGACCUUGAGCAACCCCUACCCUGCACACAAACUUCCGCGAACCAAGCUGAGCGAUUAUCUCGAGAAGCGUGUGAACGAUUGCCUGCACGAUGAGACCGUGUCCUCGCCACCAGAAGCCAGACGUGUGACAGUGCGCGUGCACUCUUCUCGAGAGCGUGGCGUGGUUGUCAAGGACAACAUUCGCCGCUAUUAUGCCGACACUGAGGACCCUCUGCCCGCCGAGUACCCAUAUCGCACCAAAGCCAUCUUUGUUUAUCAAGAAUCAGAGGGUCAUGAGGUGUGCUUUUUUGGGCUACAUGUUCAGGAAUACGGUGACGAUUGUCCCGGCCCAAACCGCCGGCGCGUUUACAUUAGCUAUCUCGACUCUGUGUUCUUCUUUGAGCCGUCCAGCUUGCGCACCAAGGUCUACCACCAACUCUUGAUUGGUUAUUUACAGUAUAUGGCUGCGCUUGGCUACAUGUAUGCGCAUAUUUGGGCCUGCCCCCCUGCUGCGGGCGACGACUACAUCUUUCACUGCCAUCCGACAGAACAAAAGACGCCCACGCCGAAGCGUCUUUCGCAGUGGUACGCGAAGAUGCUCAAGGCAGCCAAGGAGCAAAAUGCCAUUCACGACUUUUACGACAUGUACCAAUACGUGUGCAGUCGUGACAUUGUCCGUGGCCGCGAUUUACCUUAUUUUGAGGGCGAUUACUGGGUCAAUCGCCUUGAGAGCCUUGUACAGGAGAUCGACCAGGCAGAUGGCAAUGACGAUGGGGGCAUGCUUUCCCUGGACAAGGUGGGCAAGAAGAAAUCGAAGAAAAACACCAAGGGCGGCAAAAAGAAGGGCGGCAAGGGCAGCAAAAAGCAGGCCGCCGACAUUGAUGAGACUCUGGCAAACCGCGCAUGGCCCGAGAUUGAGAAGAACAAGUCUGUUUUUUUCGUGGUGCAGCUCCACGCUGACCCCGUCAACCUACCAACAUUCAAGGCUGAUCCGGACCCAGACAUCACAUGCGAUUUCAUGGAUGGCCGAGAGCCUUUCUUGCAACAUUGCCGCGAGAACAACCAUGAGUUUAGCACGCGCCGACGAGCCCUUUAUUCUAGUAUGAUGAUGCUGUACAAGCUGCAUACUGAUGAGUCAUCGGGCUACACCUGCAACCACUGCUCAACGCAAAUCAGUAGCAUGGACUUUCGAUACCAUUGCACGGUGUGCCCCGACUAUGACCUUUGCGUCAAGUGUCACAAGGAGGGUGUGCACAAGCAUGAGAUGAAGCAGCUUGGUCUUGGCAUGGCCCCUGCCGUCAAUGCCGAUGGUCAAAAGAUGACGCGAUCACAGCAGAGCGUCGAAACGUUGCGUCGCGCUCUUUUGGCCCUGCACCACGCCCAUCAGUGUAAAAAUCCGCAGUGUGACACAAAGGCUUGCCCACAAAUUAAGGGCAUGAUUGAGCACAUGAACACGUGCAACAUGCGCAGCUCGCAGUGUGCGCAGUGCAAACCGUUGUUGACUAUCGUGGCGCACCAUGCCAAGGUCUGCAACAAUUCGAACUGUCAGAUUCCUCUGUGUCGACAAUGCAAGGCCCGUUUUGCUGAGAAUCAGCGAAUGGCCCUCAUGCGUCAACAAACCCAGGCUCGUCGCAUGAACGUCAUGGAGCACAUGAAUAGCACACCGGCCGCCGCAGCACCGCCCGCGCCUGCUGCUGCUACUGAUGCACCCAUGACUCGCGAAGCCCUAGCCAUCGUCUUGCGCCAUCUUCCCGAAAAGGAACAGAAGCACUACCAAACGGCCAUGCUCAAUCAAAAGAAAAUCAAGGAAGCUAUGGCUCAGCUGCAAGCAAAGAUAAAGGCAGCACCUCGCGACUCUGCCGCAUCCAAGACCGACGAGACUCAUUUAAAAAAGAUGCAUGCGCGUUAUAUUGAACUACGCGCGUUCAUCUUGCAGCUUCACAAGAAGGGACAUGCGCUUGCCGUCAACGCAGGUGCCUUGCCCCAGCUUGCUACGGCUACGCCAUCAGUUGCGGGUGCACCUCGCGCUACGCCCGCCAAGGCAGAGCCCGUUUCAAGUGCUGCUGCCACCCAACCCGCUGUUAGCGGUCAAGGCCGCAAUAUGUCCGAGAAGCAGCGCCAAGUGAUGAUUUAUGUGACCAAACUGGCUGCGAUGCCUCCAGCACAGGCUGAGGUGGAGCUUAAACGUCUACCUCCCAACCAAGCCGAGCUGCUGCGUAACCUCAUAAAGGCGCGGCAUGAGGUACGAGUCGGAUGGUCGGGCAUCAUUCGCGAUGAUGACCGUCGUUGA